AUGACGAACGAUAAUUAUCCGCACCCCUUUGAUAACCUUUCGGGCGAAGAAAUCCGCUUAGUGACCUCCAUCAUUCGCAAGGAGCAUGGCAGUAUUGGCUAUAUCUUUAGCUCCAUAUCACUCAAAGAGCCUCCCAAGGGCAUCAUGCUAAGUUACCUUGGUUGGGACAACGCUUCAAAUACGCCCUCUAUCAUUGAUCGUGAAGCUUUGGUCGUAUUGGUGGAUCGCCCAUCUGGUCUUGUGCACGAGGUGGUCAUCAACUUGAGCAAACACUCCAUCAUACAAUGGAAAAAAUUACAAGGAGUGCAACCCACCUUACAUGCGGAUGAGAUGAUGGAAGCAGAAGAAAUGAUACUCCAAGAUCCAGGUGUGAUUGAUCAAUGCAAGCAACUCGGGAUUGAUGAUAUGAAGACUGUAUUUGCAGACACAUGGGGAAUCGGGUGGCAAGAUACUAUAAAGAACAGGCGUCUUAUUCAAGCAUUCUUGUACAUACGCACAUCACCUGGCGAUAAUCAGUAUGCCCAUCCACUUGAUUUUGUGCCUAUUUAUGAUGUCAAUGCCAAACAAGUGGUGGGCAUUGAGGUGAUCAAGCGGCGUAAUAGCAAACACAAACGGCCUACAAUUCCCCUUGCCAACCAUCCUUUUUUACCGGAACAAGUGGGUUACGAUAACCUGCGUAAAGAUCUCAAGCCAAUAGAGAUUACCCAGCCCCAAGGUGUAAGCUUCACUAUCCGUGGACAAGAGAUUGAUUGGCAAAAGUGGAAUAUGCAUAUUGGAUUCAAUUAUCGGGAGGGAUUGGUAAUUCGCAACGUCAAUUAUCGCGACAUGGAUGGCACCGUGCGACCAAUAGUGUAUAGGAUGGCUCUUGCAGAGAUGGUAGUGCCCUAUGGCAAUCCAUAUGAGCCACACAUUCGCAAGAUGGCUUUUGAUGUUGGGGAAUACGGCUUGGGCUAUCAGACAAAUUCUCUGGAACUUGGAUGCGAUUGCGUAGGAAGAAUCCAUUACAUGGAUGUUGUGCUCAGUGAUAUGAAAGGUGAUCCGUGGUAUAUCCCAAGUGCAAUUUGUAUCCAUGAAGAGGAUGCUGGUCUACUCUUCAAGCACACCGAUUACCGAAACGGCAGGUCUCAUGUUGUACGUUCACGACGUUUGGUGAUAUCGCAUAUCGUUACUGUGGCGAAUUACGACUAUGGAUUGUAUUACUACUUUUAUCAGGAUGGAACCAUCCAAUAUGAAGUCAAGGCUACAGGUGAGCUAAAUACACAUGUUCUUGCAGAAGACGAGGAUGCGGCUCCUUAUGGCACUAUUGUGGCCCCUCAAAUCGAUGCUCAACAUCACCAGCAUCUCUUUAAUAUGAGGAUUGAUCCAAUGGUGGAUGGCAUACAUAAUUCAGUAGCCGAGUUGGAUGUAGUUGUCUCGGAGCUGCCUGUUGGGCAUCCCGACAAUAAGGUGGGCAACUCGUUUUAUCCUAUCACCAAGAUAUUCAACACCACCAACGAGGCGCAAUCGAUGGCUUGUGGAGAAAAAAACCGCACAUGGAAAAUUAUCAAUGAAAGCAAGAUCCAUCCAUGGGCCAAGCAGCCUGUAGGAUUCAAAGUGACCCUUCAAGGAAACUCCACCAUGUUGCCCAAACCAGGUUCCGUUGUCUAUGAGCGUGCAAGGUUUGCAUCCAAGUCAUUGUGGGUCACCCCUUUUAAGCAAGACCAAAUGUACCCUGGUGGAUUCUACUGCUGUCAAAGCGAUCCAAAUGCCAAUUUAGGAUUACCAACAUGGAUACAAGAGACACAAAAUGUGCGUGACAAGGAUAUCGUGUGUUGGAUCACAUUUGGAUUGGCCCAUAUUCCACGCGUCGAAGAUUUCCCCAUCAUGCCAACCGAAUCAUGCGGAUGGACGCUCAAGCCUGUCAACUUUUUUUGUGGAAACCCUGCAGUCGACGUUCCUCCCUCUGAUAAAUCUUUGACCAAAAGCCAGUAUGCCGAUAUGCCAUGUUGCCGUACCAAGUAUAGCCGUAGCAGUUUUAGGAGACUAUAG